UCCUCCCAUCCAUCACGUCGGAGGUACUGUCAGCUUCACGGAGUCCUGCACGUUGGACCGCCGUGGACCUACAACGCCAUUCCUGUCGCGGCUAACCACGAUACCUUCCCGCGAACCCUUGCUUGUCGGCACGCCGUCUGCGCAAUUGGGAAAAUCUGGUAAAAGACUCCUUGAGCGAUAGGGCACCGACGACGAAAUGCCGACCAGAAAGGCCUCAUCGAACCCGCCGCGGGAUCCGAACAAUGCAUCUGAGGACGAGACGGCCGGAGCGGGGCCUUCGGGACAGGGGAAGACGCAGAGAAUCGCGAAAGCAUGCGACAGGUGCAGAAAGUCGAAGAGUAAAUGCGAGCCGUCGCCGAACGAGGGCGAGCCGUGCAAGGCGUGCGCGGCACUUGAGACAGAAUGCACGUAUACAGCCCCGAGCUUUCGGAGAGGCCCUCCCAAAGGGUACAUCCAGGCUAUGGAGCAUCGUUUGCACCAGGUGGAGAGUGUGUUGGCUGCGAUCAUGUCGUCCACAGAUCCGCGCGCGCAGUCCAUUGUUGACGAGCUUAGCCAAGAUGAUCUCGCAGCGCACAUCCUGGACACCGUGGAUGCUGGCCCGUUUGGGAAGACUGGGCGCGAACAACGGUCGAUCGACACGUCCAAAGACAACUUCUUUCGGUCGAUCGUCACCGAGCAGCCAAAAGCGCUCAGCCAUCGCUCUCGUCGCCAGUCUAGAGCAACGCGGGAAAACGUCAUCGAGGCCGUAAUUGCAUCAGACCCUCAAAUCCAGACCACUCGUCCCACGCUUGCGUGGCAAGACCGCCUUUCCACCAGACUUGCACGCGGCUCCUCCGCCUCAGAAUCAUUCAGCCCGGUGCCUGCUUCGCCCACUCCCGACAGUUCGGUCUACAGGCAUACUCCAGAACCCCCAAGAAAUAAGAGACGACUCGAUGGCCAGCCGUCAGUCCAAACCCCGUCAUUUGUGCCGCCAUCACAGAGUGCUGCUGACACUGAAGAUUUGGCCGAUUGCGCGGACGCUUUUGGAAACUUGUCGAUUGACGAGAACAGAGAGGUCCGCUACCACGGCAAUUCUUCCGGACUGCAGCUACUUGCGCUGACUGAGCGAAGCGAUGGCCGCAAUGCCAAGGGAAUCUGGCGCUUCCCCAUGGCCAAAGUCUGGCCGGGCGUCCGGUGGUCGAAUGACCGCACUACAACGCCGCACGCCCAAACCGUCGAAGCUUCCAUACAUCUUCCACCUCCACAAGUCCAAGACCAUCUCGUCGAGGUGUUCUUCGCCCACGUCAACCCCUGCAUUCCCGUCCUAGAUGAAGAGUCCUUCAUGGCGCAGUAUAAGGCUCAAACAUACGGUUACCCCGACGCGGAGGACGAUCUGCGCCCGUCCGGGAGUGAUGCCGAAGUCCGACCAGAACGGCCGCAGAGACUAUCGAAGCUCCUGCUCCUCUCCAUUUUCGCGUACGCGGCAAGUCAUUUUGACCCUCAGGACACCCGGGCGGGCACCGUUAGUGACCCCGCUGCCGAGUACACCAAGCAAGCGAGGAUGAUCCUGGAUACGAUAUAUCAAGAGAGUCGUUCGUCGACUGUCCAGGCACUAGUGCUGCUGGGAAUGCGCGAGUUUGGUGCUGGGAGCCUCGAAGAAGGAUGGUUACACAUUGGCAUGGCCAUCCGAAUGGCUCUCGACCUCGGUCUCAAUCGCAAUUCUGACAAGUGGAUGCACAACGGCCGCGAGCUGUUCACCGAGAAGCAAAAGUCCGUUCGGAAACGGAUAUGGUGGGCAUGCUGCCUUGCUGACAAGUUCUCGGCGUUGUUCUUAGGCCGGCCGAUCGCUAUUCAUGAGAGCGACUUCUCGACGCCGCUACUGGACAUCCCACAGGAUGAUCUUAAGCGGACAUGGCAACCAUGUUCUUUGGACCCUCUCUACGGUCGCCUCUCGCCAAUCCCCGCCAUGUACACAAGCUAUUUCCGUUACAUAUCGUCUCUAUACAUCAUAACGGGCGAAGUUCUGGCAAAGAUCUACCGCGUGUCUCGCGAGAACAUUCUGCCCAGUCGUGCUGUACGAGAGCAGCUUCAUCAACGCUUGUCCCAAUGGUCGCUGGAACUCCCCGAUCACUUGAACUAUAGCACCAAGAGCAGCCGACCGUGUCCUCCCCCGCAUGUGCUAGCGUUGCACAUACAGUAUUGGGCGACUAUGCUAUUGUUGCAUCGACCAUUCAUUCCUAACGGCUCAGACUUAGCGAAGGCCGGAUCGCCUUCCCUCAAUCCCGAUCCAAUCGCUUGGGAAUCAUUUGACCUUUGUCAAAGUGCUGCGAGUCAAAUAGGAUCCUUUGGCAUGUUGUAUCAAGAGAAAUACGACAUGAGAUGGGGUCCGCCCUUCCUGUCCAAUUGCUUACAAGCGGCUGGGGUACUUUGCAUUGUGACGUUGAGGUUCAAGCCUAUGGACACGCAAGCGAGUGUUGCCUUGCAGAAGUGCAUUGCUGCGCUGAAGGGAUUGGAGCGGACAUGGACAGUUGCGUAUCGCGUGCGGGAGCUGCUUCAAAACGCCAAAGUCCACAUCGAUCAGACGUUCAGCACAGGCAACACAACAAGUUCGGCUUCACCAGAUGCCCAGGAUCAGAGUCUAACUCAAGUAUCGCAAAACUCGGUGCGACAGAAACGUCCCGCGCAGAUUGCCUUCGGAGAAGUGUCGUGGCCGCCGCCACCACCACCACCACCACCACGGGCAUGGACUUUCGUCUCCACGCCCGGCAGUGUGCCGCUAGUCUCCUCCUACCAAGUGGGGACAGGCGGUGUUCACCCCUCUGCACAAACUGCGCACGCAAUCCAGAUGGGCGUACGCGACAACCAUACAUACGCCACCGGAUACAUUCCUGGGUACGACUCGUGGUGGCCUGUGCUCGACAGCCAGGCCGAAAUCACAACCCCAGCGGCUCCCGUAGGGCAAGUUGAACAACAUCCAGGUGGGGUUGCUGGUUCCGGGGUGAUGCCACAGACUGGGGCUGCUGGACUGCCAUCGCAAGAGUUCACAUUCACCACACAGCACUUCACGCCUGAGUUCCUGCAGGCGAUGCGCGAUCCUAUGCUGCACUUCCCGUCUGUGUUUGCUCAUCAGGGGUUCUAGGUUGUAGGAGGCGGAGUGUCGGGUCGAUCGGUACCGCUUGUUCCAUCAUUGCUACUCGUUGCUGUGAUUUGCUUUGCUGCCCUCAGAAUGUGUCUGUACCUUCGUCUAUACGCUCGUGUUUUGGAAAUUAUACGGCUUCCUCAAUCUAUGACAUAAUGUGACUAGUCGGUCAUACUUCCCAGCACCGCCUCACCUGAGGCUUGCUCCCUUGGUAUAGUGGUGUCUUUGUGAGGCCUUCCAUCCAUUCGCCGCCGACUUUACAGCACUUUGUCCAUUACUGCGUUUAGGUCGGGACGCCAGCAUGAUCGAGAGGGGACAGCCUAGCGCCUCAAGAUGACUCACCGCCACACGUCUUCAUUGCGUGUGCGACUCUUGGCGACUCGACAUCGGACACUGGCGAAUCACAGUGCGACAGCGCACCCGGCUGUCGCGGUGUUAUCAACCUGAUUUCGCGCUCGGGGAUGAGCCUGGCCUUCAUGGCGCUCGCUAUUCCGCUGCAAUUCUUAGAUUUGAACCCAGCGAGGACCUCCGAAACCUACGCAAGUGAUCGACUCGAGGGCGUCUACUACUGGCUUAGCUGGCACCGCACCGGUGACAGCGAUCCAAGACGCCCUUGACUCAUGCAUAGGCACGUCCCGACUGACUAUCGGCCGCUUGAUAGGGUACUGGAUGUAGGCCCACGGGUUAUAUAACGAGAAGGUGUGCGUUGCGGUGGCGCGCUGUAGGCUCCAUACUAUCCUAUGCCUAUGACUGUCCUCCCCAUCGCACGCGCAGACAUCCGUGUAUCGCAAGUCCUCAUGCGGAUGGUGAAGGUCGGGUCAGACUCUCGUAUAUAUUCCUCACCCCGGUCUCUAUACGGAAGCCUGAGGACAAGUGCUACCCCUGCCGCACGCUCAGCGGACGCGACACAAUCCGCUAAUAACCCUACCCUCUCGCACGCCUACAUGAUCCUCACCGUUGUCCUCGUACUCAUCGCCGUAUCCGUGAUUGUGGGCGUUGGUUGGGUGCGCAUUCGUAAUCGGGACAGUGUGACUCCCGUGUACCGCCAAAUUGUAGAGCCAAAGAUGUGGGAGGCGCAACUGGAUCAUGGUAUCGGAAGAACUGCUGCCCAGGAUCCGCAUGGAGCCGAGUCCUCGAGAACAUGGGGCAGGAUUAUGCCAGUCUCUGUCCAGACGUAUUCUCAUGCCAGCCUUGGGACCGACACCGGACAUGAUUCAAUGCAUCCCGCUUCCCCUUCGUCUGUCCGGCGCAGUUCCAGCAGGCGGCAAGUCUUUCAGCGGGGUCAUAAGCCAUCACCUAGCGGCUCCUGCGCGAGCCCCCGGCCGUUCAGGGAUACCUCUGCGACAACGCGCGUUGCGGUUCUAGUCACUAUGCCCGCUCCUAGACGAACAGUGCAGGAGGUGACGGGACGGUCUGCGUCGCCGCCGCCUCUAUGUUUAGGGCUGAUAGAUCUUACUUGAGACAACGCGACAUUUCACGACUUCGAUGUAUUUUUUACACUUCUCUCUAGCGAGUCAUGCAGCAGCUGCCCGUAUGGUAUACGAAGGACUCCAAGCUCCCGCAGAGGGUAUACUGCACACCGGAUUCCUUCCAGACUGACAGAUGGCAGUGGAAGCAGCCAGUACACAUUCAACUCGUACCGGACAUUCAGGUAUUACGGCUCUCAACUCGACACUACAAUUCAC